AUUGAUCACUGUCAAUGUGCUAGACAGCUAGUUGUCGACGGAAUUUUAGCAGUCUUUAUUCGGUUGACAAUGGCGUACCGACUUUGUCAGUCAGAACCGGCUGACACCGCGCGCCGGACAACGAAACGUGAUGGAUUGGAAGUGGAACCAGAACUCUGCUUAAGUUAAGUUGGCGCAAUAAUUUGCCAUUGAGGGGGGGCGCAUAGUGGACGCUUUCAGCUUAAUAAAUUCAAUAAGCGGAAAUUUAUGAAUGACCAUUGUAGUGAUUCUAAAAAAAACUAAAUGGGAAUAAUUACGUGAAAAAAUUAUUGCCAUUCUGUUAGAAGAAAAAAGCUAGCGAAAAAAAAACGACGCACACUGUUUGCAGCUGGCCAAGCAAUCCGGAGCACAUUUUUAUCGGAGCACACGCUUAUCAGUUUACCAACAAUGCCGCAACUGUUCACAUUAAUCGGUACAGGUACACUUGGAUAACACUACCUACGUGGGCACAAUGCGAGCAUCACGAUCGAUUCCAUCGGCCAAGGUAUUCUUUUUCACGCUGCUGGCCCUGCUCGGAGUUACCAUCCUAGUAGGCUACUACUACAGUUUGUAUGAUAGUGUUAAUAACGUCACCCAUGGCAAUGAAGAGUGGCGAGGUGGCAUGCUGGAAACAGCACGUCGAAAGUUGGUCACAUACUUCCAGCCUGGCAACAUUCAAGACCAACUGGAUACUAAUGGAACCAUUCCACCGGGUGACAUGGGAAGUCCGGUGGAGUUGAGCGGAAACAUCAACGCCGACAUCCGUAAGCAGAUCGAAGCCGGUUGGGCCACCCAAGGGCUGAAUCAGUAUGCUGCCGACAUCGUGUCGGUGUUUCGUCGGUUGCCCGACAUCCGGGACGAUUGGUGUAAGGAACCUGGUAGGUUCUUACCACAGCUUCCGCCGGCAUCGAUAGUGAUUGUGUUCUUCAACGAGGCGUGGUCCGUGCUAGUGAGAACGGUUCAUUCGGUGCUUAACCGCACCCCGCCGGAGCUGAUCGAAGAAAUCAUCCUGGUGGAUGAUUUUUCCACGCUGGCCCACCUGAAAACUCAGCUGGACGAUUAUUUUCGUCCCUACAGUAAGGUCCGGAUCAUUCGUGCCGCACAGCGGGAAGGCCUAAUUCGGGCGAGAAUUCUCGGUGCCAAAAGUGCGCGGUCGGAUAUUGUAACGUUUCUUGAUGCUCACUGUGAGGUUAUUGUAGGAUGGCUUGAGGCUCAGCUGGAUCGGGUUGCUCGCGAUCCCACCACCGUUGCGAUUCCAUCGAUCGAUUGGAUUCACGAAGAUACGAUGGCGUUGAACGCGCAAAGUUCUCAGCUCUAUUUUGGUUCCUUCGAUUGGACGCUCAACUUCCAGUGGAAGUCUCGCAGUGAGAAGAAAAAACAAGCCGAAAAUCCGGUGGCACCGUUCGAUACUCCAGUGAUGGCCGGUGGUUUAUUUACGAUCAAUAAAACCUUCUUCGGACAUCUCGGUUGGUACGACGAGGGCUUCGAAACGUAUGGGGCGGAAAAUUUGGAACUUUCCUUUAAAACCUGGAUGUGCGGUGGAUCGAUGCAGAUCGUACCCUGUUCGAGGGUGGCACACAUACAGAAGAGAGGUCAUCCCUAUCUGGCGAGCUCUCCGGGAGGUUACACCGCCGUCAAACGAAACACGAUCCGACUAGCCGAAGUAUGGUUGGACGAGUAUGCCCAGUAUUACUACGAAUCGUUUGGUGGGCCUAACCAUCGAGGAAAUUUCGGUGACGUUUCCGAACGGAAGGCCCUACGGGCAAGGUUAAACUGCAAAUCCUACCGCUGGUAUAUGGAGCAGAUAUUUCCGGAGCAAUUCGAUCCGUCGAAGGCCGUAGGCCGGGGUGAAUUUCGCAGUGCCGUCGGGAGGGGAGAUACCUGCCUAGAUUGGCCACCCCCUCUGGAUGCACACGGUGUGGCUAGAUGCCACGGCCAGGGUGGCCAUCAGUUGUGGUUUUUCACCUCGGAUGGGGAAAUCACCCGGGAGGACCACUGCAUGGAUUACGAUGGUAAAAAGUUGGAAAUGAUCCGAUGUCAUCGUCAGAGGGGAAACCAGCUUUGGGUUUACGCUGAGAAGAGUAAACACUUUCGACACGUUUACCUGGAUCGCUGCUUAGAGUGGGACAAUAAACUUAGGAUGAGUAAAUGUACGGAGGAGAACCCCAAACAGCGAUGGUUGAUACAACAUUACAAUGCUAGUAAUUUAAAACCGGCGCAGAGCCGCUAGCUUGUGGUCUGAUCUGUGAUUGAUUAACCAAUAAGCAAUUGACAGGAUCUAAAUUCCCCAACGAUAGUACUGCUACUGCCAUGAAAACAGGUUUGUUAACUUUACCUACAUUUUUGUGUUGUAAAUACGUAAUUUAUAUAUUUCAUUAGCUUUUAGUAUAUUUUCA